AUGUCGCGUAUGCUUCAACUUCAAGAACAGUUUCGUAACACCAAGAAAGACUCCUCCUCUAUUACAAAAUUUUGCCAUUCUCUAAAGAAUUUGGCUGAAGCUUUUGUGGAUUGUAACUCAAAAAUUGAUAAGGUUGAGUUGGUGAUGCAAAUUCUAAGACAACUUGCACCAUCCUAUCACAUUAUUUUCGAUGUCACUACCAACACAGAACCCUUUCCACCAUUCCUUGAAGAAAAGAAUAUGCUACUAAUGUAUGAAACUAGUGAAGAAUCUACUGAUCCUCUUGUUGAUGUACCCCUCACCUCCUUCGCAUAUCUUUGCUCAAGUUCGACCCAUGGAAAAUCACGAAAUAACUUUAAUAAAGGAACUCAAGGCGUGCAUGUGAAACUUCAAGCACUUUAUAGAGCUCCAACUAUGAUUAAAAACUUGCCUCCAAAGCAAGGGAGCCUCCUCGGACCUAAUCCUGUUGUGGUUGGCUCUAAUCAACAGGUCCCACCUACUUUCGCUGCAAAUUAG